CUGAGGGUUCUGGUGAGCAGAGGCGGCGAGGACCCGACUGCGGCCUUCUCACCAUGUCCUCGGGCCGCGAUGCCAGCGGCCACUACCCCCUCCAUCUCCUGGUUUGGAACAACGACUACCGGCAGCUGGACAAGGCGCUGCAGGACCAGAAUGUGGAGGCUCUGGAUCCACGAGGCCGGACUUUAUUGCACCUUGCAGUGUCUUUAGGGCAUUUGGAAUCUGUGCGAGUCUUGCUUCGACAUAAAGCAGAUGUUACAAAAGAAAAUAGCCAAGGAUGGACAGUUCUCCACGAGGCUGUGAGCACCGGGGACCCCGAGAUGGUGUACACAGUUCUGCAGCACCGAGACUACCACAACACAUCCAUGGCCCUUGAAGGUGUGCCUGAGCUGCUCCAAAAGAUUCUUGAGGCUCCAGAUUUUUAUGUGCAGAUGAAAUGGGAAUUCACCAGCUGGGUGCCUUUGGUUUCCAGGAUAUGCCCCAAUGAUGUCUGCCGCAUCUGGAAAAGUGGUGCCAAGCUGCGAGUCGAUAUCACAUUACUAGGAUUCGAAAACAUGAGCUGGAUAAGAGGGAGACGGAGUUUUAUAUUUAAGGGAGAAGACAACUGGGCAGAGUUGAUUGAAGUCAACCAUGAUGACAGAGUGGUGACCACUGAGCACUUUGACCUCUCCCAGGAGAUGGAGCGUCUCACUCUGGACCUGAUGAAACCCAAGAGCAGGGAAGUGGAGAGGCGGCUCACGAGCCCCGUCAUCAGCACCAGCCUUGACACUAAAAAUAUUGCUUUCGAAAGAACUAAAUCCGGAUUCUGGGGCUGGAGGACAGAUAAAGCAGAAGUUGUUAAUGGUUACGAAGCAAAGGUUUACACAGUAAACAAUGUGAGUGUGAUAACUAGAAUACGAACAGAACAUCUGACAGAGGAAGAGAAAAAGAGAUAUAAAGCAGACAGAAAUCCACUGGAGUCUCUUCUGGGAACUGUGGAACACCAGUUUGGCGCUCAAGGGGACCUCACCACAGAAUGUGCCACCGCUAACAACCCCACGGCCAUCACCCCAGAGGAGUACUUCAAUGAAGAGUUUGACCUGAAAGACAGGGACAUUGGAAGACCAAAAGAGAUGACGAUCAGAACACAAAAGUUUAAAGCGAUGCUGUGGAUGUGCGAGGACUUUCCCCUGUCCCUCGUGGAGCAGGUCAUCCCCAUCAUCGACCUGAUGGCCAGAACGAGCGCUCAUUUUGCCAGACUGAGAGAUUUCAUUAAACUGGAGUUUCCACCUGGAUUUCCUGUCAAAAUAGAAAUCCCCUUGUUUCAUGUCUUAAAUGCACGGAUUACAUUUGGAAAUGUUAAUGGCUGUAGCACUGCUGAAGAAACUUUACCCCAAAAUGUAGAGGGGACCCAGGAAAAUACAGCUUCCCACGUCACCAGCUUUGAGGUGGAUCAGUCUGUAUUUGAAAUACCGGAAUCGUAUCACAUUCAAGACAAUGGCAGGAACAUGCAUUUGCAAGAUGAAGACUAUGAGAUAAUGCAGUUCGCUAUCCAGCAGAGCUUGCUUGAGUCCAGCAGGAGCCAGGAAAUCUCAGGACCAGCUUCAAAUGGUGGGAUAAGCCAGACACAUGCCUAUGAUGCCCAGUACGAGAGGGCCAUCCAAGAGAGCCUCCUGUCCAGCUCAGAAGGCCUGUGCCCUGGUGCCCCAAGCGAGACCAGUCGUUUUGAUAGCGACCUGCAGCUGGCCAUGGAGCUGUCUGCCAAAGAGCUGGAGGAGCGUGAACUCAGGCUCCAGGAGGAGGAAGCGGAACUACAGCAAGUCUUACAGCUGUCACUCACUGAUAAAUAGACCUU